AUGAGCGCCGCGAAAGAAGCAGCCCCCAAAGUCGUCGUCGUGACUGGCGCGUCUGGCCUCCUCGGCCGCGCCGUCACCGCCGCGUUCACGAAGCGCGGGGACGCCGUCAUCCCGCUGGCGUUUACGCGUGCGGACAGCGACAAGCGAUACACCAAGCUCGACCUGACGGACACUGCGGCGGUCGAGGCGUUCUUCGACAAGACCAAGGUGGACGUCGUCGUGCACGCUGCCGCUGAGCGUCGGCCCGACGUCGCCGAGGCGAACCCCGCCGCGGCGGAACGCAUCAACGUCGCGACCUCUGCGCAUCUCGGCGAGCUGGCAAAGAAGCACGGCUUCACGCUGCUGUACAUCUCGACAGACUACGUGUUCAGCGGCCGCGCGCCGCCGUACGAGGUGCACCACACGCCCGACCCGCUGCAGAUGUACGGGCGGCAAAAGCUCGCGGGCGAGGAGGCCGUCGUCGCGUCGCGUGAGGGCGGCGCAAACUCGGCGAGCUUGCGCGUGCCUGUGCUCUUCGGACGCGCAGAGUACAAUGCCGAGAGCGCGGUGAAUGUGCUCGUUGACGUGGUCAAGGACCAGAGCGGGAAAACGUACACUAUGGACCACUACCAGAUUCGUAACCCCACCAACGUGGACGACGUCGCGCGGGUGCUGUACGACCUGGCGCACCUCACUCGCCCGCUCCCCCCGAUCCUUCACUUCCGCUCCACCGGCCCCCAGAUGACAAAGUGGGAGAUGACGCAGGUCAUCGCCCGCGCGCUCGACCUGCCCCUCGACCACGUCACGCCCGUGUCGGCCAAGCCAGAGACCAAGCCCGGCCAGACCGAGCGCCCGUGGAACACGGAGCUCAGCGUCGCCGCGCUCGAGGAGCUCGGCGUCAGCACUGCCGAGGAGAAGCCGUUCACCCAGUGGUGGCCCGAGUAUCUUGCCGCCGAGCACAAGUGAGGCAAAAAAGCACAAGUAUGAGAGUGCAUCUCGAUCUAGAUAUAGAAACCAUGCCAUGUCCGCCCCGCCGCAACCCGCCGCCUACUUUUGCCGCCUCUUCUCAGUCACCUUUUUGCUCUUGGCCGUCUUGAUCUGGCCGCUCGAGCUAGGUGCGGCCUUGGCGGGCGCCGCGCUCUUGUCCUUGGCAAUCUUGAUGCCCUUGGUCUUGAGGAGGUGGACGCGCUUGCCCUCCUUGAUGAUGGCGUCGUCCUCGGCAGCGUCGAACACGGCCUUCUUGGGCUCCUCCUGUCCCUCGGGCACAAUGUCGCCCGUGACCUCCUCCUCCUCCUCGGCCUCGGUCGCCUUCUUGCCGCGCUUGCCGACCUUGAACUUGGCGACAAAGAAACCGUCCAUGUUGUGCUUGUGGGGGUAGUAUCGGCGCGUGAGGUUGACAGUAGGGUUGAAGUGCUUGCCCUCAAACGACGUGAAGCCCUCGACACCAAACUCGAGGCCCGUGGAAACGAGCUUGCAGUGUGGGCGCUUGCGGAGCGCGUAGUCGACCACGCUCUCGUUCUCGUCAACAGUCACCGAACACGUCGAGUAGACGACGUAGCCGCCCGUUGCAGAGUUGGCGUUGACCGAGUCGAGCGCACACAGGAUGAGCUGCUUCUGCAGGUGGGCGAGCAGCUGGAAGUCGCGCUCGCUCUUGUUCACCUUGACACUGGCGUCCUUGCUGAUGACACCGGUGCCCGAGCAUGGCGCGUCGAGGAGCACACGGUCAAAGCCGCCCAUGACUCUUGGGAACUCGCGCGCGUCGUAGUUGCAGACGACAACGUUCUUGCAGCCCAUGCGGUGGACGUUGGCAGUCAGCGACUUUGUGCGGGCCUUGUUGCUGUCGUUGGCGAACACGACACCAGUGUUUUGCAACAGGGCGGAAAUGUAAGUCGUCUUGCCUCCAGGAGCCGACGCCAUGUCGAGGACACGCUCUCCAGGCUGGGGAGCGAGCGCGAUAACAGGCAGGAACGACGACGCAGCCUGGAGCAUGUAGUGGCCAGCCAGGUACUCUGGCGUAGCACCGAUAGGCACGGGCGACUCGAACACCUGCAGGCCGACCUUGGACCACUUGCCAAUGGGCUCAAGGUUGGCGCCGCGGUUGAUGAGCGCCUGGGCGAGGUCACGUCGGCGUGUCCGGAGCGUGUUGGCACGGAUGGUAACAGGGCGAGGGGACUCGUUGGACUCGAAGAAGGCAAGCGCCUCGUCGGCCGUGAACAGGCGCAUGAGCUUGUUGACCAGGAAGUGGUUGUAGCCAAAGUACGUCGCAAUGUCGUGCUCGAGCUGGACGAGGUGGUCGGACCUAGACUUGCCGGGCACGCCGAUCGACGUCUUGUCGUCCUUGCCGCUGCAGACGCCGACGAGCCAGCGCAUGCGCUGCUCAACGUCGCGCAGGGACACGCCGUGUUCGUGCUCCUCCUCGAUGCCGUCGACCGCAGGGAGGGUGUAGCUCUCUUCGAGGUCGUCCUCAAGGUUGGUCUGGAUCGCGCCAUCCUCAUCGUCGUCCUCGUCGUCG